UGUAGCGUCAGUCGAUCAUCACAGUCGCACAAAACAUACGAGGUCCGCAUACGUUAGUGAAAACGCAAGGAGGCGCACGCGAAUCCGAUUUCCGUCUCCGUUCUUAGUCCUUGCAAUAACAAUGCUUAUUUAAAAAACUAUUCCUCAGUGACACAGUGCUUGUUUUAUAGAAUCAAUACGAUAACAUUUUCAAACGUUGUGUAGUUAAGCAUUUUAUGAUAAGGUUUUUCUUCCGAUUUGCGACUGCGGUACAAUAAUAUAAUAUACACAUUUUCCAUGUAUCAAGAACACCGAAGACGGAAUCUUAAAGCCGGUGGCUGGAGAACGAAAAACUUUCCUACGUAGGUCGUUCACCUCCGCCGAAAGAGUAAGGAAUUAAAACGAUUGGAUUUCAAAAGGAAUAAAGAUGCAGUACAUACGAGCAUUUUUCAAACGGAUCACGGACGAUUUGAAAUUAAAAAAAUUGAUACCAUUGAAGAUUUUAUUCUUCGUACACGCAUCAACUCUAUUCGUCUUGUACCCGUACCUGACGAUUCACAUGCGUGAGCUGGGCAUCAAUGUAGAGGAGACGGCUAUCAUGUCAGCGGUGACGCCCGUCAUCUCGAUCGUCAUGCCGCCGCUCGCCGGCAUGCUCGCGGACAAGAUCGGCAACUUUAGGCUACUGCUGGCGUUAUCAUCUGCGUUGGGUGGGGCAUCUGCGCUGCUGCUACUGGCGGUGCCGGUGGGCCGCAUCACUGUCACCUACCCGCCCGCCACGCAGCUGCUCAGCACGUGCCGCGCCGGCGCUCUGCAGCUGCGCCCUCUGCCGGGCUACCCUUGCACCCCGCUGCAUCCAUACGCCUUUGAUGUCAACUUGACGAUUUUGUCUUGCGGGUUCGUAUGCGAGAUACCCGACGAAGUUACUUCUAAGGAAAUCGAGGCUAUGAUCCACACGAAUUCGUACGACGUACGAUUACAGUCGAACUCACAUGAUCAACGCCUGCUGUACCGUCAUACGGUAUCUCCGCUGCCGAUGAAAAGCAAAAUCCUAAUGAAAGAUCAAAGCACUUCAAGAAUUAUGACGGAUGACCCUUUCUUUAAUUCUACAGUAUCAAGAUUAUCGGACAAUGAGUUAUUUUUCCCAGCACCGACCCUUUACCAGAUGCAAUGUACGCAAACCGAAAACAACGCGACCUGUCUAUUUGGACGGAAAAACUUUCUGAACGAUCUGGAAGCUGAUAACGAAGAAAAUACUAAUACAGAAUAUCGUAUGCGGAUAUCACAUGACGUUCAGAAAUCGUCCACCGAAGUAAAGGAUUACUGGGUUAAUGCAAUUUCAAUUGGGAAUGGAACUAAGUAUGACGCAGAUUAUGAAGGCGUUGAUAGUACGGCUUGCGAGGAUAAUUUUAUUGGGGACGAAGACGUGGAUAAUGUUCGCGUGAAGACAGGCUCCAGACUACUGAGCAGCUGUUCAUCUGCGUGCGCCGCGCUCACACCGCGGAAGAACUUGUGCGAGAACUUCCAACAACAGAUAGAGCUCGAUCCCACGUUCACAUUCUGGGCGUACAUGGCUGUAAGAGUUUUCAUUGGGAUUAUUGGUGGUACGGCUUUCGCGAUGUUCGAGGGCGCGGUGAUCGCUAUAAUCAGAGACCAGCGUGCAGACUACGGGCUGCAGCGGGUGUACGGUAGCAUCGGGGGCAUGAUCUCAUCUCCUCUUUCCGGGCUGCUCAUUGACUACGCGAGCAGAGGCAAGGGAUACACGGACUUCAGGCCGGCGUUCUACUUGUAUGCGGUUUUGAAAGUUCUGUCCGGAGCGCUCAUGCUCAGCAUAGAUCUAGAAUUCAAACAGCCAGCUCAGAAUCUUCUAGAAGAUGUGAUAUCUGUGUUCAGGAAUAUUGAAAUCGUCGCAUUGUUUAUUGCAUGUUUUAUAAUGGGUACCGCAUGGGGCUACAUCGAGAGUUUCCUGUUCUGGCUACUACAAGACCUGGGGGCGUCUCGAUCGCUGAUGGGUAUCACUAUCACAGUGGGUGGCAUCGCGGGCCUGCCGCUGCUCGUCCUAUCAGGACCCAUCAUCAACAAACUGGGACACGCCAAUGUACUCUUCAUUGGCUUCGUCUUCUAUGCUAUUAGGUUACUUGGAUAUUCGUUGAUCUACAACCCGUGGCUUUGUCUCAUCUUCGAGGCGCUGGAGUCGGUGACGUCAUCACUGUCGUUCACUGCCGCAGUGACGUAUGCAGCGCGUCUCUCCUCCGUCACCACCGACACCUCCGUGCAGGGACUGCUCGGCGGACUUUACUAUGGAGUUGGAAAGGGAUCUGGAAGUUUGAUAGGCGGAUAUUUAAUGAAAUUCGUCGGUACAAGACCAACGUAUCAGAUAUUUGCAAUCGCCACGUUCCUAACAGGAUGCGUUUAUUAUCUAUUUAACAAGUUCUACAUCGGGAAGCGUCCUUUCGACGAUAGCAACGACAUCUGCAAGAAGAGACCGCCAACUUUGGACAUCGAAGACUGCGAAGUAACCAAGAAAGAAAAUGAUAAAUCAAGUGCGCCGCUAGAUGUCGUUAGUAGGAUUGAGAGUGAUAAAUUAAAGGGUCCAAUUAUAGAGAGUGGUCCGAAAAAUAACCAAUCAAUGAAAGGUGUGACGGAUAUUGACGGCGGCAGUGAUUCCGGUGUAGACAACCCGGCGUACGCUGAGAGCGAAGUCCCCAGUGACGUCACACGAAAGGACGACUGUAAAAUUACCAAGUAACGUUUGUGAUAUUAAGUAUGUUUAGUAGUUCAAAACUUACAAACUAGAUUUAGAAAAUUAUCUAUACAAUUGUUGUAAGAAAAUGUAUAGAAUAUUAUAAAUUAUAGAAUAAAUUUGACAUAUUAUUUU